GGCUCCUCAAGCAGCCGCUGCUGCCUGGCUCAGGGACAGACCCAGUGGCCGAGCCCACGCCGAAGGGAAGAGGAGCGAAGGGGAGAAGCCACGCCAGCGCCUCCUUCCCUCCCUCUUGUGUCCGUCCCCCCCGCCCACGUCCCGCGUGGAGGUCAGCUUCGGACUGUUCUGCCUAUCAUGGGACGGCCUUCCCCAAGCCCUGCGCCCCGCUGCUGGGGAAAGCCAAGAGGGAGCUAGAGCCCCGCUCGGAUCAUGACUGUUAGAUAGCACCCUACAUCACCAUGAACAUGGCUCCCCGAAAAAGGAAUCGCCAUGCUUUGGGGUUUCUUUGCUGCUUUGGGGGCAGUGACCUGCCUGAAAUCAACCUUAAGGACAACAACCCCCUGCAGUUUUUGGAGUUCUCUGUGCCAAUCCCAUCACCAGAAGAACUCAAUGCCAGGUUUUCUGAGCUUGUGGACGAGUUGGAUCUCACAGAUAAAAACAGAGAGGCAAUGUUUGCACUCCCUCCAGAGAAGAAAUGGCAGAUUUACUGCAGCAAAAAGAAGGAGCAAGAAGACCCAAAUAAACUUGCUACCAGUUGGCCAGACUAUUAUAUUGACCGCAUCAAUUCCAUGGCUGCAAUGCAGACAGUGUAUGCUUUUGAUGAAGAAGAAACAGAAAUGAGGAAUAAAAUAGUUGAAGACUUGAAGACAGCUCUGCGGACUCAGCCCAUGAGGUUUGUCACAAGAUUCAUUGAGCUGGAUGGUCUGACCUGCUUGCUGAAUUUUCUGAAGAGUAUGGACUAUGAGACCUCAGAGAGCCGCAUACACACAUCCGUUAUAGGGUGCAUAAAGGCUCUGAUGAACAACUCCCAGGGACGGGCACAUGUCCUGGCCCACCCAGAAAGCAUUAAUAUAAUCUCUCAGAGUUUACGGACUGAAAACAUCAAAACCAAGAUUGCUGUACUGGAAAUCCUUGGGGCUGUUUGCUUAGUGCCAGGAGGUCACAAAAAAGUUCUGCAGGCCAUGCUUCACUACCAAGUCUAUGCGGCAGAGAGGACAAGAUUCCAGUCAUUACUCAAUGAACUAGACCGAAGCAUGGGGCAAUAUAGAGAUGAAGUGAAUCUCAAAACAGCCAUCAUGUCCUUUAUUAAUGCUGUUUUGAAUGCAGGGACUGGUGAGGAUAAUUUGGAAUUUCGAUUGCACCUACGAUAUGAAUUUCUAAUGUUGGGAAUCCAGCCUGUUAUUGAUAAGCUCAGAGGACAUGAAAAUGCAACUCUGGACAGACACUUAGAUUUCUUUGAGAUGGUCAGAAAUGAAGAUGAUUUGGAACUUGCAAAGAGAUUUGAAGUUGUGCAUAUUGACACAAAGAGUGCAUCUCAGAUGUUUGAAAUGAUUAAGAAGAGAUUGAAGCACACUGAUGCUUAUCCAUAUUUGCUAUCUGUUCUCCAGCACUGCUUACAAAUGCCUUAUAAACGAAAUGGGGGAACUUUUCAAAAAUGGCAGCUGUUAGACAGAAUACUACAGCAAAUUGUUCUUCAGGAUGAGCGAGGGGAUGAUCCAGAUAUAGCUCCUCUAGAGAACUUCAAUGUCAAGAACAUCAUUAAGAUGUUGGUAAAUGAGAAUGAAGUGAAACAGUGGCGAGAUCAGGCAGAGAAAUUUCGAAAAGAACAUGCUGAGUUGAUGAGUAGGCUAGAGAAGAAGGAAAGAGAAUGUGAGAUAAAGACCCAAGAGAAAGAUGAAAUGAUGAAGACACUGAAUAAAAUGAAGGAUAAGCUACAGAAAGAAUCUCUGGAGCUACGUCAAACCCGGGACCAAAUGACUGACCUUGUAUCUCAAAUCAAUGAGUUCUCGCAAGGGGGCAGUAUUUCCUUCCAACCCUCUCCUCAACUCCCUCCUGGUGGCCCUUUUGCUCUCCCCUCUUCUUUACCAUCAUUGGACACCUUACCGCCUCCUCCUCCACCUCUUCCAUUCUCCAGCUGUCCACCUCCUCCAGCACCACCUCCUCCCCCAGGAGGACCUCCUCCUCCACCCGGAGCACCACCAUGCUUCAAUAUGGGAAUGCCUCCACUUUCCUCCACCACAACCUUCAGCAGUAGCAGCAGCAACGGGACCAGCCUAAAAAAGAAAUCAAUCCCACAGCCAUCACAUCCACUGAAGUCUUUCAAUUGGUCCAAACUGAAUGAAGAAAAGAUACAUGGCACAAUUUGGCAUGAAAUCGAUGAUUUAAGGGCUUUCAAGAUGCUUGAUUUGGAGGAUUUUGAGAAGAUGUUCUCAGCUUAUCAAAGACACCAGGACCUGCUAACUAACCCCCCUUCUUCCUGUAAGCAGAAGGAAAUGGGAUCAACUGAAGAUUUGUAUCUAACCAGUCGAAAGGUUAAAGAGCUUUCUGUGAUUGAUGGCAGAAGAGCUCAAAACUGUGUCAUCCUCCUUUCAAAGUUGAAACUAUCAAAUGAGGAAAUCCGACAAGCGAUCUUGAAAAUGGACGAAGAAGAAGAUUUGGCUAAAGAUAUGCUGGAGCAGCUAUUGAAGUUUGUUCCAGAAAAAAGUGAUAUUGACCUGCUAGAGGAACAUAAACAUGAAAUUGACCGAAUGGCUCGGGCAGACCGUUUUCUAUAUGAAAUGAGCAGGAUUGAUCACUAUCAACAGCGACUUCAAGCAUUAUUCUUUAAGAAGAAAUUUCCAGAGAGGCUCGCAGAAGCCAAGCCAAAAGUGGAAGCCAUUCUUCUCGCAUCCAAAGAGCUCAUCCGUAGUAAGCACCUCAAGCAGCUCUUGGAGGUUGUCCUAGCCUUCGGCAACUACAUGAACAAAGGCCAAAGAGGAAAUGCAUAUGGCUUUAAAGUGUCAAGCCUGAACAAAAUAGCAGACACCAAAUCCAGCAUAGACAAGAACAUUACAUUAUUACAUUACUUGAUUAUGAUCUUUGAAAAGAACUACGUAGAUAUCCUAGACAUACAGUCUGAAUUACAGUAUCUUCCAGAAGCAGCAAAAGUCAACCUGAUGGAGCUGGAGAAGGAAGUUAACAACAUAAAGGCUGGAUUGAAAGCUGUUGAAGCUGAGCUAGAGUACCAGAAGAGACGUAUGCAAGAACCAGGUGACAGGUUUGUCCCUGUCAUGAGCGACUUUAUUACUGUAGCCAGUUUCAGCUUUUCCGAGCUCGAGGACCUUCUGAAUGAUGCAAGGGAUAAGUACACAAAGGCACUGAAGCAUUUUGGGGAGAAUGAGGGUCGGAUGCAGCCAGAUGAAUUUUUUGGCAUCUUUGACGCCUUCUUGCAGUCAUUCACAGAAGCCAAGCAAGAUCUGGAGAAUAUGAGGAAGAAGAAAGAAGAAGAGGAGCGCAGGGCACGUAUGGAAGCUAUGCUUAAAGAGCAGAGAGAGAAGGAACGGCGGCAAAAGAAAGCAAAGGCUGGUAGCAUCUCCGAGGAGGGCGGAGGAGAAUUCGAUGAUCUUGUGUCAGCACUGAGGUCAGGAGAGGUCUUUGACAAGGACUUAAAGCUCAAGCGCGGCCGUAAACGUUCAGGGAACCAAAAUUUGGAGACAAGCCGGGAACGGGCAGUGACAAAGCUCAAUUACUGAAGGAGGAGGAUGCACAAUUAACAGAAGAUGACAAAACAAGGACUGUGGCCACAACAAAAAGUCAAAUGAGAAGAUGGAAAUGGCUAGUAUUGCUCUGCAGGAAAUUUGUCUAGCCCGUGGCUGUGUUGACUGCUCUUUCCCAUAUAUACAUAAUCUGGAAUGGUUGUAAAAAGUGCCUCUUUAGAGCCCAAGAGAUUUCUCUCUGAGACACUGCUUGUGGCCAAUGGUUUCCUUCUCAAUGUUUUCCAACCAAGUCCAGUUAGGUCCUAAUGGUGGAACAGAAAUCUUUGGGUCUUCCGCACAAGAUGGAAAGAGGGAGGAGAACAUGACUAAUUCUGUGCCAAAGUGAAUGUGUUCAAAGAAAGAGACAGUUCUCUGUCUCACUAAAAGAAAUCCAGAUAGUCUCAGGCUGGUUCUGAAACAUCGUGCUGCCCCUUCGUUACAAUUUGGCUCAGUCUUCAGGAAUGAGUGAAGGAGCGGUUCUACAGUGUUGCAGUUGUGUUCUUCCACUGAGUUUACAAGACACCAUUGAUGGAACCCUGAAAAUGUAUUGUUGUUGUUGUUUUUAAAAAAAUCAAGAACAGUUGUUUAGUGGCCUGUAAUAUGCAAAGCAAGUGAUGUUACGUCAGAGAAAGUAGACAGAGCUGCUUUCCUUGAGGGAAGGAAGAACUCAUUUUUUCCAGGAAUUGUUGGGAGUCUUCAGGGAUGUGCCAAAGAAAAUAUGAAUGAGGGAACUACUUGAUAAGGGUGAACACAUUUGUGCUGAGCCAGACCAAUGGCAAGGAAAGGUUGGGAGAUAAGAAUAACCCCACACCACGUCCACAUAAUAUUAGCUGCACAAUAAAAUAUUUACUGGGAGUGGCAUAGGUUUUGUCUGGGGGUUUUCAUUAAAAAAGGCAAAUGCAGUUUGGUUAGCAGCUUUAAUUUUUUUAGCAGCCACUGAGAUAAACUGGAGAUUACAUUUUAACAGAAUGCACUUCUUUAAAGGCAUCCUACUCCAUUCCAAACAAGCACUGCAAGAGUUACUAAUAGUUAUAGUAAGGCAAUGCAUCAGGAGGGUAGCUAAGGCAGUCAGGGACUAUUCCAUCAAGAAAGAAGUGAUGGAGAAAGCUAUAUAUGGGGCCCCAAGUUGUACUAAACUUUUAGGUCUUGGAAAAAGUUCUAGAAAUCACAGGUGAUCACUCCAAAGAUAAGUUGCUGUUACACAAUUAAACUAUCACAUGCACACAGCUAAAAAACACACACACACACACAGCAGAGACUAUUUAUUUACAGUAUUUCUAUACCGCUUUUCUCACCCCGAGGGGGACUCAAAGAAGACUAUUAAUGUCUUCUUGUUUUACUCCAUGUUUAUGGGUAAGAAGCAGCAAGCCUCUGUGGUACAAAAAAUGUUUUUCUUCAACUACUAACAGUUUGCCAUUAUUUUCCAGAUAUGAAAUUAGGGGAAAAGAGUGGAGGAGGCACAGACUUGAAGUAGAAAGACAAAAAUAACAACAAAUCAAAUGCUAAUUCUGCAAAAAGAACUUUCAUUUCAACUUGUCUUUUCUAGAUCCAAAACACUAGUUAAUUAAUUUCAAUCUUAAAGAGGAUCCUUUAGAGCAGAAAAAGCAUUGUUAACUUGAGUGCUGUCAACUCUAUCUUUUGCUCAAAUGACAUUGUAGAGGCAGGCAUUGGGCAGACCAAUGACCAAAAGCCUGGUGAUAAAAAACAAAACAGAAAAAAAUCAUAAUUUUACAUGCUGCAUUUUGAGAGUCCCAGUUCUAAAUUCUCCUGUUCAUGAUAUCCUAGAACCCAGCAGUUCUGAUUUAAACACAGUGCAUUACUAUCCAUUUCGGAGAGCUGCUUUUGGUCCACAUUUGUCUCUGGUGUCUCAAAAACAACCCGGUGCAAAUAAACUCAGGUGCUUUUAGAAAAGGACUUUGAUUUCUACGUUUACAAACUCAUACCUUUAAGGGUAUUUUGUCCCAUACCCUCUUGGUAAAAUAGAUUUUUAGGAAGAAUAUGUAAAUGCUGUUUUCAGCUCCUUGCUGCUCUCUGUAGUUGAGAUGUAGUAUUAUGCAUAUAUAUUGUACUGCAAAAGCCAUAUUGAGAUCAAAGCAAUAUGUUCCUACAAGUGAAUCUCAUUUGUGUAAAUUGCAGACCCCAAACAAA